GUUACCUGGUUAGGAGUUUGAUCAAUAAUAAGGCAUUGUCAUUGACUUCUGUUCCAAAUAUCGGUAUAAUGCCACUUAGGACCACCGAAGGGAUAAAGAGUGGUGAACUUUCGUCAUCACUUGGUCAUAUGCCAUUGUCAUCGACGGACAUCGAAAAAGAAUUGCUACUUUACCCCGAGCAUGAAAUGGAAUCCUUUUUUAGCCGACAUACAUUCGAUUUAGUUGUAUACCAUGAUCAAGAUUCUGAUUCGGUUCAUGAUGAAAAGAAUGUAAUGAAGAAUUUAUUCAAAUGUAUCUAUGAAACUGAAUAUAAAAAACAGUUAACCAGAAAUCCCGUACUAUUGAGUGGUGGGUUUAAAUCUUGGCUUCAUCUAAUGGGUGAAUCUUGGGUUGAGCGCAAUGUUUGUAGUGAAAAGGACGAAGAAAGUGAACAUAGUGACACACAAGAUGGUAGAAAAGAUUCAAGAGAUAAAUCAAAGCGAAAUGGACUUAUAAUUUUAGAUGAAAGUCUAAAUUGGCUGGAUUCUUUCGGUGACCCGAGGCCUUUUUCAUCCUCUCCUCCAAAGAAAGAAAGUUUCGGUGAACAGGCUCGUGGCGACACGUACACACAGCCUAACGAUUUGCAGACGCAAUAUAUGACAGGAGAGAAUUACUCAACAAACCAAACAAUCAACACUCCACACCAUAACUAUGAUGAUUUCGAUGAUUUUUCGAAUAUAACGCGAAAGCCGGUUAGCUUUCUUCCAGAUACGUCCGAAAGAUUUAAAUCUUUUCGGCCUUCGCCCACAUCAUUACCAUUGAAGUCUUCACAAUAUUUGCCAAUGAUACCAUCGUCAUUAUCGAACGUGCCGAAUGCACCGAACAUGCCAUCAGAUGCGCCAGAUGUCCCAUCAAAUGCACCGAUAUUGAACAAGCCAUUGAAUGACAAUGAACCAAAAAAUACGCGUUCGGGUUUUUCCUUACAACGUCGCCGAACCAUCUUUGAUCACCCAUACUACGGUUUUAGCGAGGUAAAAAAUCCCGAAUAUGCAGCGUCAUUACCUAAGCGUUUCAUGAGGUCACGGCAGCUGUCACCACUAAAAAAAUUGUCAUCAGAAUCUUCAGCGUCUAUUGCAAGUCCCAAAAGCGAAGGAAUUAGUAAAAAGGAUGCCACAACUAACGCAAUGCCGGUACUUCAUCAGUCUAGCAACAUUAAUACGCAGAUGGCCGUACGAUAUAAUUCAGAUUCGGCUAUCGUGCCACAACACCGUCAUUUCCCUAUUUCCGAGAGUAUUUUUUCACGAUUAGAAUCUGGAAUUGGUAUAACUGGUUUAAAGAAUCUAGGAAAUACUUGUUUUAUGAACUCCAUCAUUCAAUGUUUGAGUGGUACUAUUCCAUUCUCCAGAUACUUCUUGGAUGGUAGUUACAAACGACAUAUAAAUAAGGUCAAUCCCUUGGGUACAAAAGGUGUUUUGGCUGAAACAUUUGCAGCUUUAAUUAGAUUAAUGUGGAGCGGUGCAUACACGUUUGUUUCUCCUGCGUCAUUAAAAGAAGCUAUUAGUCAUUUUGCCCCGCAAUUUUCUGGUUCAGACCAACAUGAUUCGCAGGAAUUUCUUGCGUUCAUAUUGGAUGGUCUGCAUGAAGACCUGAAUGUGAUCAAGGAAAAACCGAUAAUUAAAGAGCUAACAGAAAGGGAAGAACAAGAAAUGGAAUCAUUGCCACCUCAGAUUGCUUCUGAAAUAGAAUGGGAGAAACAUUUGACGCGAAACAGUUCUGUGGUGGUUAGCUUGUUCCAAGGUCAAUUGCGUAGUCGAUUAAUGUGUUUAACGUGCAAGAGGACUUCCACCAGCUACAACGCUUUCAUGUGUCUAUCAUUACCCAUUCCCGCAAAACGUGGAAAGCGUGUUGAUUUGGAAAUGUGCCUAAAACAUUUUGUCAAAGAAGAGAUCUUGGAUGGUGACAAUUCUUGGCACUGCCCCAAUUGUAAUUCUCGUAGACGUGCCUCUAAGCAACUCUCCAUUUCUCGUUUGCCUGAUGUCUUAUUAAUACAUCUUAAAAGAUUUUCAUUCAAUGGACCUUUCAGGGAUAAACUCGAGAUGAUGGUAGAUUUUCCUAUAUGGAAUUUGAACUUAACCGCUUAUGUUCUACCUCCGAUACCGCAGCCUACCCCUGCUAGUAGCAGAUAUCGAUGGAGAAAAUAUUUUCCCGGCACUGGUGGAUUAGAUAAUGGCUUGCAACAAAUCGGUCCGUACGUAUAUGACUUGUAUGCAGUUUCAAAUCACUAUGGUGGCUUAGACG